AUGUUUACCACACUCGGUCUGUUUAAUGAUAUCCCAUGUCCGGAGGGUGGCCAGUGCUCUCUUAUGACUUGCAUAUUUUCGCACAAAACUCAGGAUCGCGGCCAACUGAAGGCAGAAGAGAACAGUUCAAAUGCAAUUGAUCAUGAGCACCUUCCAAAAAGGCUCAAGGUCGAAAAAACUGCUCCAUCGCUAGUCUCAAGAUCAAGCUCAUCGCAAUCCUUGCAAAUACAAUCUUCUUCACCUUCGUUGAACCAGCAAUCUCAAAAUGCCGGGCAGGUUGCGCCCAAACUGUCAUCUAUCUCGCGGAAGGUCUCACCUCCUCCGUCAAGGCACGCAGUUGCUAAGUCGUCGAAUCAAGAAGCUACUCCGAAGGCUGUACCCACUACGUCAGCAAGCGCCGUGUCACAACUACCUCCUCGAAAAGUGCCGAAAGAAAGUCUCAAUCCUAGAAUGAUCGCCAAAGCUCCGGCAACUCAUGCAGUCCGGACGGCCAUUCUGAUCAAGCUACAUGGAGCAAUCGUCUCCCUCAAUCAGAAACUUGCCAAGGAUAAAGAUACUUCGAACAAGUGCUUUGUUCUAAGCAAAGAUGAACUAAUUACAAUGGCUCUGGACGAGGAGGAAAAGGUGGCCAAGAGUAGUCCUGGUGUCUACUCCAAUGUCAUCAAACUUCGCAUUGUAAAGUUAACAAAAAUGCCGGUGGUGGAAUGGACGAAAGAGGUUAUGGACCAUCUCAAUUCACGAUAUUAUAAGAUCCAGCCUAUUCAGCCAAAAUUGCCAAAAUCAUCAAAGCCCAUCACAACAAAUCUUUCGCCAAAGGAAGAGGUUGCUCUCUCAGCUGCACUUCUUACUCCAGUGCUCGGCCUUGAAGAAUUUGGUUAUGUUACCAAGGCACCCACAGCCACAGAAGUCGAGACGGCCAAGAAGGGAGUCCUUGAGUCCAAGGGUUGGGAGAAGUGCGACCGGUGCGGUGCGCGUUUCCAGGUCUUUCCUGGACGUCGCGAGGAUGGCGCUUUGGCUACCGGGGGCCACUGUACCUACCAUCCACACAAGCCAAUUCAAGCGGCGCGCAAGAAGACUGAUGGUAUUACCGGAUCAUCAGAACCUUACUUUCCCUGCUGCAGUGAAUCGGUGGGCACAUCAUCGGGCUGUACUAAGGCCAAGACGCAUGUCUUCAAAGUCUCUGAGGCUAAGCGCCUUGCUUCGAUUCUUCAGUUUGAAACAACACCGAAGCAGCCACAGAAAGAACACCUGGAUCCCGUAUGCUUUGACUGUGAGAUGGGCUAUACUACCUUGGGCUUAGAGCUCAUCCGCCUCACUGCUGUGAGCUGGCCGAAGGGCCAUGAGCUAUUGGAUAUUUUGGUAAAGCCAAUGGGCGAGGUCUUGGAUCUCAACUCCCGUUUUUCAGGUGUCCUCCCUGAACAUUAUGCAUCUGCAAUUCCUUACAGUCCUUCAUCCAAUCAACAUAAACAACAGGAUGUUGGAAAGGAUAAAAAGCCUUUGAAGGUUGUCGAUUCACCUGCCGCAGCGCGGGCUCUUCUUUUUGAGCUUCUACAACCCGAGACCCCAUUAAUUGGCCAUGCCAUCAACAAUGAUCUUAACGCUUGCCGUAUCAUUCAUCCUACUAUCAUCGAUACUGUCCUCCUUUAUCCGCAUCCAAGAGGUCGUCUCCCCCUUCGCAUGAGUCUGAAAGGGCUGGCACACAGGUUUCUUGAACGGAAUAUCCAAAUGGGAGGAGACGACGGACACGACUCUAAAGAGGAUGCCAUUGCAACGAGUGAUCUUGUGCGGGUAAAAGCCGGCGAGAUAUGGAAGAGAUUGAAUGCAAAGGGGUGGAGGUUUGAAAACAAUGCCUUGGUCGCGCCGCCUGGUGAAACUUCCCAAGAUGUAAGAAAGGCAGCCCGGGAGCUGGGUCUCGCAGGUGGGCCAAAGAGGAAGUAUACUACAUAA